CUAGUAGAAACUAUCGAUACUUUCAUUCGGUUCAUCGUCCAGUUGUGUUUUGGUUUUCAGUUUGAUUCUUAGUUCGUUCGGUAGUGUGAAGAAGGUGUGCUUUUUAUAAUGGUUUGCUGCAAGUGCGUUUUGGUGUUAAUCAGUCUUAUUCACAUUCUGACUCACACGUCUGUGGAGGCAACAGUGGUUUACUACAUAAAACCGACACAGAAUAUUCUACCAUCGCCAAGACCUUACUUUGGUUAUGGAGUAAUCCCAAUCAGUCCUGUGACCCCACCGUCUCCAUUCAAAUACGUCGAUUAUCGUUGGCUAAACAUAAAAAAUACAGGAGUGUUAGCCGUUCCAGGAAUUCCGGACUCACCUUUGCCUUACCUCAAGUAUGCACAGCCAUUCUCACCGCUAUCCCAUUUGGGGCCCAUUCCUUACAGGUUUCCACACUUUAAUCCCUUGACCAUCCCUGUGCCGCUCCAUCAUACCAGUGCUUUGGCCAUCAUACCAGUCCCUUACGCUCGCAGACUGCAGUUCAUCAGACUUCGAAGAAAUUCUAGUGGUGUCCAGUCGAUUUUGGACACGGAUGACCUGGAAAAAGAUGAGAGCGUCGAGGUCAAUGGUAAAGUGAACGCCACCAGCAGCUCCUCGGCUGAGAAAGAAUGAAAAUUCAGUUUCUUAGAAAUGUUUUCCUGGAAACUGUCUUAUUAGUAGAACAUCGCCACUGAGUCUUAACAUGAAGUGUAUAAUGAGUAUAACAUGAAGAUGAGAUCAGUAUUGAACUGAUCAAAUGUUCACUUUUUGAGGACUUGCUAAGUUUUUUUGAUACUGUAGAGUAGAGUGAGAAAUGUCUCUUUUUUGAUUCCUGGGUUUGUAAAGUCCUGUAAAUAUUUUUAGAUAUUUUUUGGGGUCUAUGGAUCAAGAGAAAUUAUUUUUUCACAAGCACGAAGAUGCAACUGUAUUGUUUUGAAUUUU